CGUCACUCCAGCCCAUCAGCAAUCGAAUGAACUCGCGAAAAAAUAUUGCGUACCAGCAGCAAAUAUUUCUGUGAAUAAGCCCCGAAAAAGUGCAUCAAACUGUUUGAUAAUCAUCUGGUAACGCAGUUCUUGAGAAAAGAAAUCACUGCAACGGUUAUUGACGUUCAAAUCAAGCGCCAAACGGCUUGAAAAUCACAUUUCAGAAGUUUGGAAAAUUAUUGUCAGUACAGCAGGAGCAGGGCCUGCUGUGUUCUAGAACAAACUCGACAUCGCCUUCGGUUCCAUUCGCGGUGUGCGUGCUUGUGGUUGUGCGACCCGAGAAAGGACCAUCUGCGUCGGGAGUGAGUGAAAGCGAGACGGAGAGUGAAAAGUGUAAAGCAGCUGGUUGGAGACUGAAGGAAAACACAAUCAAGAAGGUGUGCGAAACAGCUUUGGGUGCAAAAUAGGAAAUUGACAGGACAGGAAGGAAGGUUCGCAGAAAAAGGAACUAGAUUCGGGCCGAGCGGAACAAGAUCUUUUGUGCGUUAUGUCUCAGCAAGAGCAACAAUCUCAGCCCACAGUGCGGCACAUUCCGAUUUUUGUUGAAGGUCGAUCGGAACCGUUGGUGAAUAAAAUACCGGAGACUCAGCCGAGCAAAAAUUCUUCAUCAAGUUCGAUUCCUGAAAUGCCUCGGAUGGAUAUGCCACGAAUGGAUAUGCCCUCUCACAAUACCAGUGAUUUUUUCAAGCAUGGAUCUAUUUUUGAUCGCGCACGUGAUUUCCCGGUUCGGAGUUUCCCAAAUUCAUCAUUCUUCAAUAAAAACAGUCCUGCGCGGGAAGCGUCACCUGGUCGACAAGUUCCUGUUUUUACAGACUCUUCAUCCACAGUGCCUCCUCCGCAACAACAAUCACAGCAACAGCAGCAGCAGCAGCAACAACAACAACAGCCACAGACUCGUGGAGCAUCGGUCCCUCGGCAAACGCCUUCACCGCCGACAGCCACGCAACAACAACAGCAAUAUCAACAAGAACAGGCCAAGCGCUAUCAGCAAUACCAGCAAGAACAGCAACAAGCAGCUCACGAUCAAGUGGAUUCGCAGGCCCAAAAGCCAACCCCCCCUCCACCAUCGGCGAACGACCCUAUUAGCAAAAUUCAAAAGAUCCAGCGAGAUGUGCUACAAAUUUUCGAUCAAGUUGAAAAAUUCCAGGGCAACAACGAAGGCAAAAAGGACAAAACCUACAUCUUCUUGGACGAAAUGUUAACGCAGAAUCUUCUGAAGUUGGACUCGAUCGAUGCCGAGGACCAGCCCCAAAUAAAAUCCGCCCGAAAGGAAGCUAUCAAGAGCAUAAACCAUUGCAUUGCCGUACUGGAGGCCAAAGCGGAGGCUGCCGCAGGUGGUUCGUUGAGUAAUGUCAGUGAGCCUCCGAAUAACGAACCACAGGUGCCUAACGGAACGACCGACAGAACUAGCUCUGGUGCCUCGUUAUCGCAUUCUUCGUCCACUUCUAGUCAGCAGCAGAAACAGUCGGAACAGACGCAAUAGGAUUUCUUCCCUUUGAUCGGGGUCAUAAUUUCAUAGUUCACACCAAACUCUUGUUCUUCAACAAACCUUUCAAUCCAGCUAGUGGGCACAGCUAUUAGAAAUACGAAGAUUGCUACACUUUGCCGCUAUUGUCCAUUUUAAUAGUCCCUAUAUACCUAUUCUUACAACGUGUUCUUUGAAAAAACUGUGUAUGUACUCCAUUUCUACCAGAAAGUUUUGUAUUGAUUGAAUAUUUUUAGAUAACAACUUUGUAGAUAACGAGCAAACUUGACUAACUAUGAUUAAUUUUUCAGUUUGCAAUCGUGUAUUUGUUCUAAGUUAACUAUUUCAUUUUUACGCGGGUAGCUUCUUUAGAUUCGCAAUCAUUUUUGAAUCGUUUAAACCGUCCGUUUUGCGCAUUAUACGGGGAAUCAUCGCUACUUCACCAUUUACACUCACUGUUAAUCACGUUUAGGCACUACCAAAUUUUCCACAGCUGUUGCAGGAGUGCUUAUCUGUAUGCAUAGAACUAUUCUUAUUUGUAGUCGAAUUUUUGCCAGUGAUGCCAUCGAAUUCAUGCGAGCGCCGUCACGACGGGCGUCUUCUUAGCGAAAGAUGCAUAUUUUCCGUCGAACUUAACUUCUAUUGAAUUCGCAAAUAUCAUGCGCCACGAUUUUCAAGGUUUUAAAUAAGGUCAGCACCACCGCAAGACGCCUGAUCGCAGUAUAGACAUCGCCGGACCCCAAAAAGAAAUGUUUACUAAGAGUUUUAUUUAUUUGUUUGUUUAUGCUUUUGUUUUAUUUUGUUUUCUGUAGUAAUAAACACUAAUUUAAAUGAUGCAUAAUUUCUUAGAAGUUUAAUCGAAGCAGAUAAAAUACUGAAACGAAACGUUUAAACGUGAAAACGAAAGAAUUGAUGAUAGAUCUAUAAGAAAUAAAUUACUAUGGUAUAGUUUAUAUAUAAAGAUUAAACUUAUCUAGAAUCAAAAGAGUAAAUUAAUACAACCAUAAUAAUCAAAUUAAUUGACACGCAAAUGAGAAGAAGUGCAACAAAAGUAAUAAAACUCACACAAACACAUUUCAGUUUAGUGGACAACAA